AGAAAACUGAAAGCUCUUCUCUUUGUCAGUCUUGUGUGCCAAUCUCUGAAACAUGAAGGAGGAAGUAGACCCAGAGGAUUCUGUUUAUUGCUGCGGAUGCAUGCAAGAAAUGCAGGAGCCUGUUUUUCUCCCAUGUGGGCAUGGCUUCUGCACAGAAUGCAAUAAAGGCCUCAUGACUGAGACUGGAGUAAGCUGUUGCUCUCAAUGCAAAAGGACUUCAACCAAGAGGACAAUUCGGGUCCAAAAGUCCUCGGAGGAAGAAACCACAGUCGAUGUGACAAAGAAGAGGAGACUGAGCUCUCCAGUAAAGAGAGAUUUGAGACCUGGAGAAGUGAUGUGCGAUUUCUGCUCUGAGACAAAGUGCAGAGCGGUGAAGUCUUGCCUGAAUUGUUUGAUUUCCUACUGUGAAACCCACGUCCAGUCCCACUAUGACAUUCCCAUUUGGAGAAACCACAAGCUGAUAGAUCCCAUUGAAAACCUGAAGAUGAGAGUCUGCAGUCAGCACGAGAAGCCCAUGGAGUUAUUCUGUCAGACAGACCAGACCUGUAUCUGCUACUUAUGUGAAGUGAGUGAACAUAAGACUCACGAUAUUUGCUCAACGGAAGAAGAAAGGCAACUAAAGCAGGACCUGCUGAAAGCAAAAAUGAAACUGAUCCAUAAAGCAGUUAAGAAGAAGCAACAGAAGCAUCAGGCAAAGAAAGAAACUGCAAAACUAAUUAUGGCCUCUGCAAAGAGGGAACAGCAAGAAUGUGAGGAGAUUAUUAGCCUCCUGAAAAAUUUACUCACUCAGUUGGAAACAAAGCUGAGUGAUCUGAUUACUGAACAUAAAAGGAUGGAAGUUAAAAAGGCCAGAUUGAUUCAAAAGCAACUGGAGAAUGAGAUUGAAGAUUUGAAAACAAAGUAUAAUGAGAUGAUAAAGCUUUCGGAUAUUGAAGACCACACUCUUUUCCUACAGAACUACAAGACACCUUCUGUCCCUUGUGGAACUGGUGCUUUACCUUCUAAAGUUGUAUGUAGAUUCUUUUCAUCUGAAGAACUAAGGAAAGAGUUGUUAGGUCUGGAAACAACUCUAGAGGACAUCAACAAGCGAGGACUGGAGGCAGUCGCUAAAACAGAAGGUGCAGUUCCAGUUAUAACACUGAGGGUGGCUCCGCCACUUGAACCUUAAAAUGACAGUAUGUGUCCAUUGUGCUUCCCUCAUCGUUUGUUAAAAAAAACAGGCUUGACAGGGGCACAGAAACCCAGCUUCCCCGCUAAACUUGCUUUACCAAAAGACUUUGCUUUGCUAAACGGCUGAGCUAUUCUGCAUCUCUCUCCUUGACCAAUAUCUGGUCAGCUUGCCUUCUGAAUUUCAAAGACAAUGUUGACAUCCUUCAAGACCAAAGAGGUGACUACAAGGUCAACAAUCUUAAGUACCUCACUGCAAACUGAACUCUUGCUUCACUUAAUGAACACUAGGCAUGGACCGGUAAUUGGAAGUGAAUUCUGAUGCAAUAAUAGGAGGCAACAACUUCCUUUAAAACUGGUGGUGCAGACAUCUCUCCAGCCUACCAAUGACCUUUGACUCAUACUUUUCCAUAUGAAGUUGCAGAUAAUAAAGCAAAAAGCCUAGCAACAAGCUGAGGAAGACUUCAAAAGAACCACAUGGUAUGACAUGCAAUUGUGCAUGGCUUCAGUCAUCAUCCUGAAAUGCUUGGCAUCUUUACCCUACCCUUCUACUCUUAAGAAGAUAAAUCAGAACUCUACAUAGUGUGGUUUGUCAUGUGGUGGGAGCGACAACACACUGUAUCAGUGUAUGCCCCCAAUCUCCCUCUCUUUACAUAGCCACUAUACAGCCAGUUAAAACCUACUUUUUCAUAACUCAUUGUUAAUGUGUAAGAAGCCAAUGACUAACUGUGUCAGGUAAACUUCUAGAUUUUUUAAGCUUUCAAUUAAUUUGAAACAAGAAGCUUCAGAUGGUGGCGUAACAGAGUAGCCCUCUUUAAGUUCCUUGAGCUUCACUAAUUACAUACUAUAUCUGGAUAUAGAUUUUUGGGGACAGAGAAGUCAAUUUUGUCACCAGCUUUUUUUUUAAUCAAUAUUAAUUUUUAAAUUGUUAAAUAUUUUAUGUGUGUUUUUCUAAUGCCAUCUUUGUUUUCCUGGGUGUGCUCAUUUUUGAGCAAUAGUUGCUAUUGCAUUGCAACAUCCCUCGGAGGUACGUAAUGCUAACUUCAGGUUUAAAAGAUCUGCGCUGUGAGCUUCCUAGAGUUUGUGGAUAAAAUCAAAAUAAAUCUUUGUAUGUU